AUGUCGACGGAUCCGCCUGGACAUCCCUGGCCUCCCAAAGAGGAAGACGAGUCUCUCUCGUCCAUCGACUCCAACGCCAGAGAGAAUCGACCCCGACGAGUCUCCGCCACCACAACUCGCCGGUCGCGUCGCAAGAAGGAUGACGAUGCCGACAUCGAUCGCAAGGACCACGUCAAGACAAAAUCCCAGAAGGACAAGGAGAAAGCAAAGGAUAAACCCAUCGAGAAGGAACCGAAAACCCGAGGGAGUCGCCGUCAACGGGAAAAGUCCACCUCCACCGUCAGUGCCACCACCAGUCACAGCAAUCCCUCAAACGGCACCAAUUCGCGCAAGAAACCCAAGUUGGAGGCCACUCCUCCCGAUGAGAUUCCCAAUCAUCUCGCUCUGAACAAUAUCAAUCACCCCUCCGCCUCGGCUCCAGUGGCUCCAGCCGCUCCUGCUCCUGCUCCUGCUCCUGCUCCUACCCCUGCAUCAACAGCACCAGCACCAGUAGCUCCCAACCCUGCGCAGCCUCCUGCCCGCUCUCCACACAUCACAGCCUCAACUCCAUUACAACAACAACAACAACAACAACAACAUCAUCAUCUUCAUCAUGAACCACAGCAUCGUCCCCAGCUCAAUCCUUCCGCCUCGCUGCCAUCCUUUCCCAAUAACUCCACCCAGACUCAGACUCAGACUCCUCCUCAUGGUCCAUCGACCCCGUAUGCCAUGAACCACCAUCCUCUGCCUCCGCCGCGGCCUCAAUCGCAACCGCCAGCCCCGACUCCUCCCCCGAGGAGGAGUGGUCAGAAUUAUGAUCCCAUUCGAUCUGCCUUCGAUACGACGUCGUCCGCGCCAGCUCCUUCCUCGACCACCAGUCCUCCGGCCCGCAAUCUGUCUCCGCGCAACACGUUCCGUGCAAGUGCCUCGCCGGCCAUCGCCAGUAUCAUCGACCCCCCGCACCCAACUCCAACACAACCGGUUUACUCGCCUAUCCCACGUCCCUCGCCGAGCCAUCUUCCUUCAACCCGCUCUUCGCCAGGAACCCAUCCCGUCGUCGCGCCGACAACACACCAUUCCCUUGCACCAUCUCCCUUGCCGGCCACCUCCCCGUCUCCCGGGUCGAUCCUCGCUCCGCAACACCCCCUGUCACUGGCGUCGCAGCCCCAACAAUCGUCCCCGCCGUAUUCGCUUCGUUCUCCAUAUCCGCCUCAACCGCCGAUACCACCGUCACAGCCGCCGCGGUCCCCGCGCGAGGAAACCAACCCGUCUACAGAAAUCCCACCGUCAGCUCCACCACACCCGUCUCCCAAGCAGGAACCGGAACCUCCGGUCCAGCCACCGACGCCGGCGCAGGCGAAACCGGUCACCCCACCUCGGGAACCGGCGGUCGUGGAGAGCGAGAUGGACCAGCCGGUGCAAUCAGCGGCUCCGGGCAAGCCCUCCAAGAAGGAAAAAGGGACCACGACCGCUCCGCCCUCGAAUGCGCCAUCGCCGAAACCUGCGCGUCUGGCCAAGGAGGCGCCUCCUCCCCUGCCUCAAGGUUCGGGCUUGAUCUCCAACGCGCUGUUUGGGACGGAUGACACCCAAGCCUCGAAUUCAUCGCGCACGACCCCCAAUAUCGUCCUUCACAUUCCUCUGCAGCGCGACGGCAACCAGAUUGUCAAUUUCGCCCGCUUGGCCGAAGAGCAGUAUGGGUUUGCCGCCCUGCACCCUCGCCUGGCCGCACACAAGGAGCGCCUCGCGCGGGUCGCGGCGGCGGGGGCAGCCUUGGAGCGGAGCGAUAGAAGUGGCAAGUCGGCGGGAGAGAGCGCCGACGAGGAUCUCAGUCUCGAGGCCGAUCGGGAUAGCGAUCUGGACGGUGAUGUCGCCAUGAGCGGAAUGGGCCCCAAUCUGGCAGCGGCCACCAAUGGCGCGACCGCGACAGAGGCGCCCGACGGGAAGAAAAAACGGCGCAAGAAGAAGAUGGAAGAGUAUGACCGGGACGACCCCUUUGUGGACGACAGCGAAUUGGCAUGGCAGGAACAUGCGGCGGCCAGCAAGGACGGAUUUUUUGUGUACAGCGGCCCAUUAGUGCCCGAGGGCGAAAAGGUCCAGGUCGAACGGGCGGAUGGAACGAUCAAGCGAGGUCGUGGCCGGGGCCGCGGUGGACGCAGUCGCGGGGCCGCCACUACUCAUCAAGUGCCCCUUGCCGCGGCGAUCCCCAUCUCUCAAGAGACGGGUCUUCCCCUCAGAGGUCCCGGAUCUCGGGGUGGUAGCACCACGCGCCGUCCGCGUCCGAACAAGUCGCGCCAGCAGGCCGAACAGGACAAGCCGGGCGCGCCAUCCGCGUCAUCCCAGGGCCGAGGCGGCGGCACCGCCGGUCGGGGCGGAGGAGUCGCAGCCCCUCGUGGAGGCAAGGCCCCCUCGAUGGUCGAGCUUGCUCCUGCGCCGCGGCCCAGCAUUGCACCUGCCCCAGCGGCACCCAGUCCCCCGACCGGGACAGAAGUAGCGACGAAGUGA